AUGCAGACGACGAUUCGAGAAUAUUUGCGUAACAGCUCGUUUCAUGGGAUUCGCUACUUGGCCGAGCAGGAUCGCCACUGGACUGAGCGGUUGUUCUGGCUGACGUGCUGCGUCGUCAGCUGGUUCUCUUCGGCGAUGCUAAUGCGGGCCGCCUGGUACGACUUUCACAACAACGCGGUCAGCUUCGUCGUCGAGACGAACUACCUGGACUGGGACACGCACUUCCCCACGGUCGCCGUUUGCGAAACGGACGCGCAGGACAACAUCGCCGUGGCCAGUGACGCGCUCUUCGGGAGUCCGCACGACUACAACCUGGAUGAAAUGAUAGCCGAACUGGUCUUCUUCCGCGGCUUGGCCCACUACGUUCUGCAGCUCUGCAGCGAUACUCCCCAUCCCGAUUGCUUUAGGUACAACUACAGCUUCUACGAAACCUUGGUUCGGCAGCCUUGCUCGACCCUGUUCCGCAAAUGCAAGUGGAAUCAGGAGGAAUUCGACUGCUGCAAGUACUUCAGCAAGAUUGAGACGGAAUUGGGAACGUGCUACGCCAUCAACUCUCUGCAAGCAAAGGAGAAGAAGCCGCGUAUUAAGAUGAUAUCCAACAGACGCACGGGGCCCGGAACCUUUCACUUGCAGCUGUCUGGAAUUACCGACGUGUACCUUCUGAGUCACCAGGACGUGCCGUGCCUCACCACUCCCAAGUCUGACGUCAUCCAGGUCGCGCCCCACAUACGCUUCAAGCGGUCCAUCGUGCUGGAGGAGAUCGUGAACCAGCUGGAGGUUCGGGACGUCAGCGUGGAACAGCGGAACUGUCGGUUUCCGGAGGAGUCGGACCUGGCCACCUACAAGUACUACAGUUACAGCGCGUGCAACGUGGAGUGCCGCAAGGACGCCCAGUUGGCAAAGUGCAACUGCACCCAUCACUACAUGCCCAAUACAGAUAUCAGCAAGCAGUGCGAUAUACGCGGAUUGGAGUGCCUAAACCAGCACUACAACGAUCUGGCCGUGCUGAGGGCGCACUGGGCGAACAGGCCCGGCCUAGUCUGUCCGUGCAUCCCGAGCUGUACCGAUAUGGAGAUGACGGUGAUACGAGACGACAAAGUUGGAACCCACCACGAUUGGGCGUCGGUCGAAAUCCACCUGGAACGUUUGCCGAGCGAACGAUUUAAAAGGACCGUGGUUAGGGGAAAGCUGGACUUGGUCGUAUCGAUGGGGGGCAGUGUCGGAUUAUUCGUCGGCGCCAGUCUUUUAAGCUUCGUGGAGGUGUUCUAUUACUUCACUUUGCGAGCCAUUAAAAAGUCGAAUCAUGAAGAGAAACCAGAAGAACCCGUUGAGGUCUUGCCCUACGUUGAGUAAUUGGUCCGAAUUCGAACUAAAUUUACG